AUGGCGAAAACAACUUGGAGGAACGAUGAAGAUACGAACCGGAACACAGGAACCAGGAAUCCCUAUCAGGAGCCCUGCGAACCACACGAACAGACAAACGAAUACCUUACUUCUCACUUCUGGUCUCGGAGGCAUCUGGACGUACGAUGUGGGUACAUCCUCCUUCCCACGUCAGGCUUUAUCACGGACGCUGGUCGCAAAAGCUCAUUCGAUGGCAAUCCAUUCGGUGGUGGGUGUACUGUACCGGGUGUGGACUGUUACCGUCUGCAGAUUCCCAGGUGCAAGAACUUGACAGCGUAUACCGGCACCAAGAAUACCACUCUGUCUGGAAGAACAUGUCAACGGUGGGAUGUUAACACUCCCCAGUACAGCUACAAUCACCAGUUGGGUAGCCAUAAUUACUGCCGCAAUCCCGAUAGGGAUGAUGGGCCGUGGUGCUACACAAUGGAUAAAAGUGUCCGAUGGGAAUACUGCUUUAAAGACUGCGGAUAUGCGACUACGGAUCCUGAUGAUCCUGGUUAUUGUGUGAAGAAAGAUAAGAGCUGCACAUACAAAAAUAUGCCAUUGUGUAAGGAUCGCAUACCUGGAUGGGCAAUCAACCUUCCGGACUGCGAUGACCACGGGGCAUGCGUCAACGAAGCUGGUGGAUGCAUUCGCGAUCAGAGCAAGAGCUGUGAAGCGGAGAUCUACAAUUAUAAAGGGCCGAGAUUUACGAGUGCUGAAGGCAUACCAUGUGCUGGAAGCCCGUCCAACGAUCCAUCGAUUCGUUGUUGGGGAGAACAUGGACCGACAUACUACAAUACCACACCUUACUGUUAUGUCAACCCGGUCACUCAAGACGAACGAGAAUUCUGUUUCAAGAUAUGUGAGUCAGAGAUACUCAAGACGCUGCGCGCGAAACCACGGGCGUAUAUCCGGGGCAAAUGGUCCAUUCCCGAGCCGGCGAAAUUCGUCUUCGUUGUCAACAACAAUCAGCUGGCGUUUGUUCCAUACCGAUACGGUGCAGAUGUCAACGAUGAGAAAAUCCGUUUGUACGAUUUGAAAACGCGGUCAUGGCUGAAGGACAAUGCAGUAAGCGGCCUGUUCGAAGCGCUGGGCAGUGGGCAACAAAUAUUAUAACCCCCAAUUUCUGCAAGGAUACGGUGUUUUCGUGGGAUCCCAGUACUGCCGACUGGAUGACGUCACGUGAAGGCGGUUGACUGCGAAAACGUGUACACCAGCACGAAGUGGGCGGAUCUGCGACGCUUCUCCAGCGGACCCGGCGAUUUCGACCUGGUCUUCCGAGCGGACAGUUUAGCCUUCUUCUUCAAAGGCGCCGAAUAUCUCGUGUACGAUUUGCAAACAGGAAAGGCGCUGCCGUUCUAUCCGCGUCCAACCAAGGAAUUCCUUUAUAAAGUCGGCAUUCUCGGCACAUCGUUUGCUGCACUGGUUUAAAUACGGAACCCUACGAAUUAACAAUCAACUCCACGAUGCAGAAAUCUUGUUAAUGUGGUUGUCUUUUACGCUCCCCUCUUUUGUACUUAUUUUUCUCCGGAAAUGGGCAUACAGUUUGAAUUUAAAGUGCUUUUUCGGUCGCCUGAAAUUCAGAUUCGCCUGCAAGCAAAUCAGUUUCUAAGCAUGUUAACUCAAGAGAGGGUAGAGGUAGAGAUUGUGGUUUUUUUCAAUGUUUAAAAUUUUAUUGAAAUGUAAUGAUUGGUGUGCGUUUGUACCUUAUGGUAUUUUGAUGGCUAUUGCCUAAUAAAAUG